CUCUCUCUCUCUCUCUCUCUCUCUCUCUCUCUCUCUCUCACAUUGUUUCCCACUCUACAGAGGAUGGGGUCGGCUGAUGAUUAGGUCGGACGCAAGUCAGAUCUUCCUGCAAAGCCUGGUAAUGUUUAUGUAGGCGAGAAGAGAAAGAGAAAAAAAAGAGGGAGAGAGGAAGAGAGAGAGGGUAGAGAGAGAGAGAGAGAGAGAGGCGAGGGAGAAGGGGGGAGGGAGUAAGGCGAUCCGACCCUUUAAGUCCAUGCAUAUUGUGGUGACCCGACCCAGGCGCCCCCACGGUGGAGACGGCCGGGGCUGUGCGUUCCCAAAAUAUGACCAGCGGUGCCUGGAUGUGUCGGCAGUAUGACGACGGCUUGAAGAUCUGGUUGGCGGCACCGCGGGAGAACGAGAAACCGUUCAUCGACUCAGAGAGGGCUCAGAAAUGGCGCCUGUCUCUGGCAUCUCUCCUGUUCUUCACGGUCCUGCUCUCUGAUCACUUGUGGUUCUGCGCCGAGGCCAAACUGACCCGAACCCGGGACAAGGAGCAGCACCAGCACCAGCACCAGCAGCAGCAGCAGCAACAGCAGCAGCAGCAGCAGCAGCAGCAGCAGCAGCAGCGCCCGCAGCAGCAGCCUCCGCUCUGGAACUUGUCGGAUUUUUACCUUUCGUUUUGUAAUUCCUACACACUCUGGGAGCUGUUCUCGGGUCUGUCCAGCCCCAGCACGUUGAACUGCAGUCUGGAUGUGGUGCUGACCGAGGGCGGGGAGACGGCCGCGUGCAGGCAGUGCGUGGAAGCUUACCAAGACUACGACCACCACGCUCGGGAGAAGUACGAAGAGUUUGAGAGUGUGCUCCACAAGUAUUUGCAGUCGGAGGAGUACUCGGUGAAGUCGUGUCCGGAAGACUGUAAGAUCGUCUACAAGGCCUGGCUCUGUUCCCAGUAUUUUGAAGUCACGCAGUUUAACUGCAGAAAGACAAUUCCUUGCAAGCAAUAUUGUUUGGAGGUGCAGACGCGGUGUCCGUUCAUCCUGCCUGACAAUGAUGAGGUCAUUUACGGGGGCCUCUCCAGCUUCAUCUGCACAGGUCUCUAUGAAACCUUCCUAACCAAUGACGAACCAGAAUGCUGUGAUGUCAGGAGAGAGGGGCAGUCCGCCCACCCGCCGGGAGGGACAGUAGAGAGAAGGGACAGCUGCCACAGGACGUCGCUCACAGUGUCCUCCGCCACGAGACUGUGCGGCGGGAGGCUCAAGCUGUGUGUCCUUGUACUGAUUCUGCUGCACACAGUGCUCACGGCCUCGGCUACGCAGAGCACUGACUGCCUGGGCCUGGGUGGCAUCGCCACGCUGGAGGACAAAGCCGCCAACGAAGAGUGAGCCGAGCAGCAGCCAGCCCUGGCCCACCCGAGAGAAGCAGCCACUGUCCCCAGGAGCAGAAACUGGGUGCUUUUACCCUCCAGUUACUUCUCGCAAGGUCUUUAGGGUAAAACUUCAAGAAGAUGGGCCUGAUUCCAAACAAGGACACACACCCCACAGCUUUCUGUUGACUGAAAAGCUGCCAAGGGACUUUCGAUUUCUCACACCAUUUUAUACACUGUGUUUUAAUGUUUGGAAGUUUUCUUUGCUUUCGUUCCAGUCUGAGUUUCUUCGUUUGUUUCCUUUUAUUUUUCUGCACCUGUUAAUUAACACAGGAUUUAUUUGGGGGAUGGUUUCUCAGAGCUAGUCCAAGUCUUCGCAGUGUCUGUUUCGCUCUCUCUAGUCAUCGUGUGUUCAUCAGAUAGUUCUGUCUUUACGUCCUGUCAGUUUCCAUUAGAGGAAUGACUGCUAUGACCUCGUGGUAUAGCAAAAAACAACAACAAAAAAAGAAUAAAAAAGAAAAAAAGAAAAAAAAAGAAAACAGCAAAAAAUACAAAUAAAAACUUCCCUCAGUCUCUCCCUAGACCCCACACCCUCCCUGGCCAUCCUUUGGGCCCCCUCUCGCCCCGACACACACACCCGCUUGCUUGUGUCUGUGUAGCCACGGUGGCGGGUGUGCACGAGACCCGCACAGAGCACAGCAGGGCUGGCGGGCGCCUUGCAGCUGAGCAGGCAGGACGCCCCACGACCUUGGAACCAGGCCACUUGUGCGUUUUUGUUGAAAACAGGGGAAGAAGGGACAUUUUUUCAAAAGCUGUCUCACACUGAGUUGCUCUGGUCUCAUUCGCACGUGGCCCCAUCCUUUCCUGCUGGCCGGGUAGACAGGAGCAGCUCCAGCCUGCAAGGGGGACAGGCAAGUGGCCCCCAAAAUGUAGGGGAGGCUCUGCCCACUGUGAGCUCAGCUCUGGUCACCUACGAGCACAUUGUGGCCAUUGCCAUGGGAACACAGACUGGGGCCACAAAUACAGACUUCUGUGGCUCCUGUGUCGCAGUGGAAGAUUCUAGAACUGCUCAAACAUCUGCAGUAUGAAGGAUAGAUACAGUUUUAUCCCAGUAUUUCCCCAACACAGGGUUUUAAAUUAUGCCAGGUCUAAACUGUAUGCAAUUCUGCAUCAUCACAGAGGAAAAACUUCUUUUUGUAAACAACAACAACAAAAAAUAGAGCAGCCAUUUUUAUCCCCGUGCGAAAAACUUUAAUGCUUUAGGGAGUGGAAGAAAGGAGAAGUCUGAUCGCUCUGUUUGUAUUUUUUUCUUUGUGGGAACAUUUCACCUGCUGAGUGUAUAUGGAUUUGCUUUCUGCAAAAAGGCUUUUAUGAGUUUACAGUAGAAUCAGUGGAAGGAAGAGUUAACAAGGGCUGUUUUUAAAAAACAAACAAACAAAACAAAUAAUUAAAAAAAAAAAAAACAUUUUCCAUUCCUUCCUGUUCUCUAUCUACCCUGGGAAGUGCACUUCAGAGAAGUCAGCUGUGUGGCUGGGAGACAGAGGAAAUCCAUAGAGAAGGUCCUCUUAGUGAACAAAAUUUAGUUACUAACUAUCGCUAUGAGAUUCCCCUGGGCAUUUGUUUCUCUUCAGACAGACCUUUAUCCUCUGCAUCAAGCUUAACCCUGCGACAUGCGUACAGUAUGCAUAUUUUGUUUUGAAUAAAAAAUGUUUUGUUCCAGUCUGUUAAGAAUAUUCAAAAAAAAUAAUAAAGGUAUUGCUUAAUAAAAUUGCUAGAAUUAUUUAGCAGUACAUGCACAAAUAUUUUACUAGAUUCUUUGUUUUAAUAGUGUUUCGUUGAGACUGAAAAUCCUAAAAUGGUCUGUGCAAAUACAAAAAAAAAAAAAAGAAAAAAUCUCCUGUUUUGGUUCCUUUUCUUGAAAACUUCCCCCCCUACAAAUACAAAUAAAGUCACAUGUGUGUGCGUAGACA